CAGUCUUGGCCCUUGCCCGCCGCGCCUGCCCCACUACGCGGCGGGGUACUCGGCCGCCUUGGCCCCUUCGCGCUGCCGUCUUUUCCGGCAGUUGGAGCGCUUCCUGUUGUCCUCACCCGCAACCGCCCCUCGGCCCGGACUCCAGAGUCCCUCAGGCGUCCCCUCGUCUCUUCUGGUCGGCCGGGUGCUGCCGCUGGGGCUUCGCCUGUCCGCCCGUCGAGAGACAUCGCUGGCCGCGCCGGCGUCCGCGGCUGGUCGCCGCCCCCAGCCCUUCUUCCCCCGGGGCUCUGCAGCCAUGGCAAUGACAGGCUCAACACCUUGCUCAUCCAUGAGUAAUCACACAAAGGAAAGGGUGACAAUGACCAAAGUGACACUGGAGAAUUUUUAUAGCAACCUUAUCGCUCAACAUGAAGAACGAGAAAUGAGACAAAAGAAGUUAGAAAAAGUGAUGGAAGAGGAAGGCCUAAAGGACGAAGAGAAACGACUGAGGAGAUCAGCACAUGCUCGGAAGGAAACAGAGUUUCUUCGUUUGAAGAGAACAAGACUUGGAUUGGAAGAUUUUGAAUCCUUAAAAGUAAUAGGCAGAGGAGCAUUCGGUGAGGUGCGGCUUGUUCAGAAGAAAGAUACAGGGCAUGUGUAUGCGAUGAAAAUACUCCGUAAAGCAGAUAUGCUUGAAAAAGAGCAGGUUGGCCACAUUCGUGCGGAGCGUGACAUUCUAGUGGAGGCAGACAGUUUGUGGGUUGUGAAAAUGUUCUAUAGUUUUCAGGAUAAGCUAAACCUCUACCUAAUCAUGGAGUUCCUGCCUGGAGGGGACAUGAUGACCCUGUUAAUGAAAAAAGAUACCCUGACAGAAGAGGAGACUCAGUUUUAUAUAGCAGAAACAGUAUUAGCAAUAGACUCCAUUCACCAACUUGGAUUCAUCCACAGAGACAUCAAGCCAGACAACCUUCUCCUGGACAGCAAGGGCCACGUGAAGCUUUCUGACUUUGGCCUUUGCACAGGACUGAAAAAAGCACAUAGGACUGAAUUUUAUAGGAAUCUGAACCACAGCCUCCCCAGUGAUUUCACUUUCCAGAACAUGAAUUCCAAAAGGAAAGCAGAAACCUGGAAAAGAAACAGACGUCAGCUAGCUUUCUCCACAGUAGGCACUCCUGACUACAUCGCUCCUGAGGUGUUCAUGCAGACCGGGUACAACAAGCUCUGUGAUUGGUGGUCGCUCGGCGUGAUCAUGUACGAGAUGCUUAUCGGCUACCCACCUUUCUGUUCUGAGACCCCUCAAGAGACAUAUAAGAAGGUGAUGAACUGGAAAGAAACUUUGACUUUUCCUCCAGAAGUUCCUAUUUCUGAGAAAGCCAAGGAUCUAAUUUUGAGAUUCUGCUGUGAGUGGGAACAUAGAAUUGGAGCCCCUGGAGUUGAGGAAAUCAAAAGUAACUCUUUUUUUGAAGGCGUUGACUGGGAACAUAUCAGAGAGAGACCUGCUGCAAUAUCUAUUGAAAUCAAAAGCAUCGAUGAUACCUCAAACUUCGAUGAGUUUCCGGAAUCUGAUAUCCUUAAGCCAACAGUGGCUACAAGUAAUCACCCUGAGACUGACUACAAGAACAAAGACUGGGUCUUCAUCAAUUACACAUACAAGCGCUUUGAGGGCCUGACGGCUCGGGGGGCUAUACCUUCCUACAUGAAAGCAGCAAAAUAGUAUCCUUGAACUAGAACCCUAAAUGGAGCGGAGUUCUUUGUACAACAUUGCGGUUUUCCUCUCACAUGCUCUUUUGAAAGAGUUUCCAAGAAGUUUCCGGAACCCACCGGUGUGUCAUGGUAAACUCCUGAAACUCGAUAGUAAGUGGAGUCUCUUCCAUAAUGCAUCCGAAAACCUGUAGAACAAAGACGACCAUUUCUACUGCAUCGGCCAUAAACAGCUGUGCUGCUUCUUCAGAAGCAUCGUGAGCCAAUUUGAUAGAGGUUUUAAAAAACUCGUUUUCCUAAGUUCAUCAGAAUGAAGGAGAAAAAACAGCCAUCAUCAAACAUUAUUGAGAUUGUAACACGUACUUACUGAAUAUCAGCCAAUUUCUGUGAUUUUUGUGACAGACACGCUUUCUGCCAAGCCCACCAAGUAUUUCUUUUCCUUUACAGCUAAAAGCUCCAUAGUACUAAGGAAAUAAAGCAAUAACGAAAGCCUCAGCAGCCAGCACUCUGGCUCAAGGAGACGCCCCACCGUCCUCUGAGGGGGUGGUGGGGGGCUUCUCCCCAUACCUCGGCCUCGGGCGAGUGGCUUGGAUAGCCACCAUUCACGGUGCACUUUAUUUAUGGUACUAGCAUAAAGACCUGCAAUCCAGUGAUUUCUCUCCUCCUGCCCAUCAAGCUGCUUUUCUGAGUGUUGAUGGGGGAUACUAGCUCCAUCUCUCACUGCUUUCAGAAGGCCCAGAAGCCACGGGGCCUUGCCAAGGAGUCCCAGAUCACGUGGAAAACCUUCAGUGUCUCUUCAUGGCCGUAUCAGAAAAUCCCUAAGACGGACGUUGUCGUGGACCAGCGAUAGCCGCAGGUGCUGCCAGCAGGAACUCGGUUCCUUCCUGGGAACACAGCAGGGAGAGUCCGGGCAGAGGCAGGAAGCCUGGAACCCCUGUUGGCUAAGGUGCUGCUCCUGCUUGGUCUCUGGAACCUCCUUGGAAGUGAAGGAACCAGCCCCCUAGAAAGUGCAGAGCCAGCCUACGAAUCCGUGUAAAGUUCACUCCUCAGUCCUUGAUGCAGCCGUGUUUUGUCUUCUCUCUCGGUAUUUCUCCUCUCCGAUUUAAGUAACCAUUUUGCCUUGGAAUCAUGAUUACGAAUUUUUCCUUUGCAGAUGCCUUCCUGGGGGAUGCGCCUCUCCACCCAAAGGGUAGCCUGCAGCUCUGGCUGACCAGGCCUCUCCGCUGUGGCAUUCUCACGAGAGACCCUCUGAAUUUUAGCACAAAGUGCCUUUUCUUUCACAGCUGCCACCACCUUUAGAGGAAUUUUGCUGCGUCAGAAAAAUGUGGAGGCUCCAUUUUAAUGCAUUAUUUUAAAAUUUUUGAUAACUCUUCAAGCAUCAUUUGCACCUGUGUGGUAAUUUUGCCUGUUGCAAAGCAUCAUGGCCAAGCUACAACUGGGAGUCUGCUUUCUGCUAGGCUUGAGGUUGGGAUCAACUUGACAGUGUGUCCUAGCUCAGCCAUUCAGCAAAGAAAAAUGGGGUAAUAUCAGAGUUACAGUAGUAAAUGAAACUGCUUUGGGUUUUAAUGUCUUAGAGGAAGAAAAAAAAGGAAUAUAGGGAAGUAUUAACUUUGGAUGAAGGUAAUGUUUGCCCCUUAAUCUUUCAUUCAUGGUCUGUUAGUGACAAGGAAGUAAAUGAGAUGCUUUUGUGUAACUUGGUAGUUCCUUUGUAUUACCCAAUAGUUGACGUUUUGAUCCCCAGGUGUUUUGCAAGUAUGUGGGGUAAGCACGCUCAAGAGAAGUUAACAGGAGUGGUGAUGGUGUGUGGGGAGUGGCAGGGGACGGUUUGUUUUAGGGGAAAAUGCCCACAUUUUAAACUUCUGAAUAAAACUGUGUGAGAAAACACCGUGAA